CUUAGGUGGCCGCAAAGCUUCCUGGUCUAAAAUGUUAUACAUUUAUGUCAUUUGUUGAAAAUGAAGGACAACUUAAUUGAGGACGUCGUCGCUGACAACGAAGAAACUUCGGAGCGUAUUCGCAAUAAGGUUUACGGAACUGUUAUCCUAUCUAAGGACAGUCUAGCGAUUCAGUCUUCAUUUGAUAAUACCACAACCCAAGGUAUGGCAAAUUUCGUAGCUGGAACAAUCGUGAGACUGACCCGAAGUGCAGUCCGUGAUAUAGAUCCGGAAGAUGAUCUUGCUUACUUGAGGAUCUAUACGAAGAAAGGGGAGUGGAUGAUUGGUCCUGACAAGGAAUUUACACUCCUCGUGCAGCAGCAAAUGUAGAUUACUUCCUAGGAACUAUUUUUUGAGUGUAUGUAUAUUAUUUAUAAAGCAUUCUUUGUAGCGUAUAUACAGUAUAAUAUAUUUUACUAAAAAAACG